AUGUACCAAGCCAAGAUAUUGGUUUUAUUCCGCGACGCGGACUCAGUCGAACGCAUCCCAGCGUUGGGUGAAAACCUGCAUGUACUCGCUCCGGAGGUCGUGCCAGACCAACCAGGAGGGGUCGGUCUAGCUGACAUCGCGCACCUACUUGAGCCCCAGGGCAAAAGUGAGACCCUCAGUUUUUUGGAGGGACUAAAUACUCCGUCGGUGGAGGGGACGGGAAGAACGAUCAAUUUCAAAAUUGAACCAAAAUACGACGAACUUUUCUGCGGAUCUACUCUCGACCAUGCUCGAAUGCGCAGAACACUACGAUAUUGGGCCGAGGCCACAGGAGAUCCGAAUCCUUUUGAAAUUCCGCCCAAGGGUGAGCCAGUGAAGGACGCGGCGGAAAAUAUUUCUAUCCCCCCAACUUCUCAUCCACAUCCAACCGACGUUCAGGAAACGGAGAUACCACCGCAAUCGACCAUUGCUUCCUCUGUCGAAGCUGCGUCUUCCCUGUCUGAGCCCUCGGAAAACAUUUCGGUUGACGUGGCUGCCCCGGAUGUAGCUUCCCCUCUUGAGAGUACGGCUGGGUUACACACAACCCAAGAUUUAGCGGCAGACAUGCUCCAAACAUCCCCCCCAUCUUCUUCUGAAGAUGUAUACUUUUCAGAAGUUGUUUCAGAGGAACCCAACUCUCAAGAGGAUAAAACCGAUGACUCCAGACCUUCCCCUCCUGUUGCGCCUGCUGCAGCUUCCAAAAAAUGA